AUGACAAAACUUUGGGUGAAGCUUAAGCCAAACAAUGCUGUCAAAGUCUCUACUGAAGACUGCGCAAACGUCGACGACUUUAAAGAAGCUUUCAACAAGAAGCUUUCACGCGACUUUGACUCUUAUGACGCUGCUCAACUCUCACUCUCGCUGACUGAUGGUGGAGUUUCUGCUGCUUCCCCAACUCAACUUGUCAUCCCAUCAUCUACGGAUAACACAAGUGGAAAUUUUACUGCCACUCACAGUCCUUUGGUUGCUCUCCUACAACUCCAAUGGGAAAUCCCUCUACACCCAUCGAACUAUCUACACUGGGUUUGGAAUUGGAGCAGCUCAUGUUUUGGAAGAACACCACAGCAAGACUCCAUUGUUAUUGAUAUUCAACGUGACUACGAUUGGACUGAUAUCGAAGAGUCUCCACCUAUAACAAUUGUGUUAAUUACUGGACUUGAUGGAAAACCUUUGAACGAAGUGAUGAUCGAAUCGGCAUGA